UAUGCUAAACAGAGCUACCCUUUUGGUCUUUCUUCUUGUUCUGUGCCAUGGAUUGGCAAUGGGGAAGGAUUAUGUUGAAGAAGAAGAAGAUUGGAGGAGCGAGGAGCCAGAGAGAAAAGAAAGAUGGUUGCCUGCAGAGUCAAGUGACUGGUUCUUGUUGCGACGCUCGAGGCAACUGAUCAAGACUGAUGCAGGGGAAAUGAAAGUUACGGAAAGCUAUGGCGGUAGGGUUGUGGACAGGCCAAUGCACAUUGGCUUCAUCAAUAUGGAACCAAAGUCCCUGUUCAUUCCUCAGUACCUCGACUCUAGCUUGAUCCUUUUCAUCCGUAGAGGGGAGGCGAAGUUGGGAUUCAUCUACAAAGAUAAACUGGCAGAAAGGCUUUUGAAGACUGGGGAUGUGUACACAAUCCCAGCAGGCUCUGUGUUCUACUUGGUGAACACAGGACGAGGUCAGAGACUUCAUAUUAUCUGUAGCAUCGACCCCUCUGAGAGCUUGGGAAUAGGCGUUUUCCAGUCCUUCUACAUUGGAGGAGGAGCCUACCCGCCAUCAGUUCUUUCUGGGUUCGAGCCUGAAGUCGUUAGAGCUGCUUUAAAUACAUCAGGCUUUGAGCUAAGGAAAAUCCUCACGAAGCAACAAGGAGGGCCAAUCGUGUUUGUGGAUGACUCUCACGCCCCAAGCCUAUGGACCAAGUUCCUUCAACUGAAGGAGCAAGACAGGCUUCAACAACUCAAGAAAAUGUUGGACGACCAUGCAGAAUCCGACGAUGACGAAGAGAAGGAGCAGGAGGCAGAGCGAACAGAUUGGUCAUGGAGGAAGCUCUUGAACUUUGUCUUUGGAAAUGUGAACAAGGAAACAAAAAAGAGAGAGAUCGUUAAAUCUCCUGACUCUUAUAAUCUCUACGACAGGAAACCCGAUUUCAGAAACCGCUUUGGUUGGAGCGUUGCUUUGGACGGCUACAAUUAUUCCCCGCUCAAACGCUCCGGAACCGGCGUUUAUCUCGUCAAUCUCACAGCCGGGUCCAUGAUGGCACCGCAUGUGAAUCCAAGGGCCACAGAAUACGGCAUCGUAUUGUACGGAACCGGAAGGGUUCAAGUCGUGUUUCCAAAUGGAACUGCGGCAAUGAAUGCCAAAGUCAGAGAAGGGGAUGUGUUCUUCGUACCUAGAUACUUCCCAUUCUGUCAAAUCGCAUCGAGAUCUGGAUCGUUAGAGUUCGUCGGGUUCACGACAUCGGCGAGGAAGAACAGGCCACAGUUUCUGGCGGGAGGAACGUCGCUUCUCAACACCCUGAUGGGGCCUGAGAUCGCAGCAUCGUUCGGCGUAAGCGAGAAAACAAUGCGGCGGUUGGUGAGAGCUCAGCAUGAAUCUGUGAUACUGCCAGCUGAACGCGCUUCGCCUGGAGACGUGGACGUAAGACGCAGAGAAGAAGGGGACGAAAGGGAAGAACGAGGGGAAGAUGCUUGGUCGAGUAAUUAAGAACUUUGAGAGUAAUAUGAUUAGGAGACGUGAUUAGAUUAAGAUAA